UCUUUGGGCCCCAAAUUCACGAUUCAAAAAUUAGGGCUCGCUUUUUUCCCCCAAUUCAAUCCGACCCCCGCAACGAAUCGUCCCCAAAUCACCGACCAUCGAAUUCCGCUCCGACGAAAUUCGCUUCCUUCUCUCCAUUUCUCGAGCAUCGAUCCUCGAAAGCUUGAGCAUUGGAAGCGAUCUUGCUCCUUCAAAUCCGGAAUCGAGCCGCCGAUCGGGUCCCGCAACCCCCCCCCCCCUCCCCCCCCCCCCAAAUGGCGAUCAUCGGCGACGCGCUGCGCCAGGCGUUCAUGCCGAAGCGCGAGUACGAGAGCCUCCGCGACGAGGACAAGGCGUGGCUCAAGCUCCAGCGGCCUGCCCUCCUGCUCCUGAUCUCCGCGGUCUGCGGCCUGAUCUUGGCGUGCACGAUCGUCAGCUUGAACAUAGUGUUCCCCGGGGACGAUAGCGUGAGGAGGCCGUUCUGCGGCGUCCGGAGGGUCCUGCCCCUAUCGAUCGGCGACAAAGGCGGGGACGCCGAGUCGUUCCCGGGCGCGUUCUACUUGACGGACGCGGAGACGGUCGAUUAUUUUUGGUUGGUCGUGUUCGUUCCUUCGGCGAUCAUCUUCGCGGCGUCCGCUGUUUACCUUGUCGCAGGAAUCAUCAUUGCUUAUUCUGCUCCAACAAGGCAUUGGUGCUUGAAAGUGGUCGAGAACAAUUACUGCGCUUCGAGAAGGGGUGGGGUCCGCUGUCUUUCGAUUCUCAAUGUCGUCUUUGCUAUCAUAUUUGGCCUUCUUGCCAUAUUUCUUGGUUCAAGCCUCCUCACAUUAGGCAGCAGCUGUUCGGUGCCCUUGUUUUGGUGCUAUGAAAUAUCAACUUGGGGGCUUGUUGUUUUAUACGGGGGGACUGCCUUUUUCCUGAGAAGGAAAGCUGCUGUAAUCCUCGAUGGAGGAGAAUACGGUAGUCGGACCCUUGGUCUCGAAAUGCUCGAAGCUAAUCCAUUGGAAGUCACUCCCGAUGUGGAAAGACGUGUCAAUGAAGGUUUCAAAUCAUGGAUGGGACCAUCCCUCUUGUCCUCCGAUGAAGAGGAUGAGCCGGAAAGCUAUAUGGAAGUGCCUCAACCAAAUCUCGCCGACUUCAAUGGGCAAAGAGUGUGACUUUGGAAAGAAGAGGUGCCUAAAUUCAGACUUGAUGGCCUUUGCAUUUUAUCCCGGACCACUGCGGAGCAUUAUUGGGUUCCGAUUUGCUGAAAGCAAAUUUGCAACUGAUGAACGACGCAUCUUAGGUUAGAUAAGUUUUGGCAAUCCUCGGUCGACUGAGGUCUUGUCUCCGACAUCUGGCUCUGACCUGCUCCUCGGGCAAUCUCAUAGCUUGUGAAUAAUAAAUGAUUUUUUGCCCUCACAUUUGGAAACAGUCUACUCACACGGUACAGCGGUAAAGGAAGCACCUUUGUGCUGAUGGCUUCCGCACUUAAUUCAUGUUUAGAGUUUUCUUAGGGAUAGAUAGAAAUGAAACGCUGUGCAGUUUAUAACCUUGCGUCAGUCUCUGGACGUGGUUUGAUUUGCUUUCCGUGGAAGAAGAAGAUUGCACCUGCCAAGCUUAAGAAGAGUUAGACUUUGGAAGCUGCAGAAUUAAAGCCGCUUAAUUUGAGUUUCGCCCUUUUCUUUAAGGAAA